AUGUCUUUGCAGAGAACUUUGUCAUUGAUAGCAAGAAAUAUACCAGUAGUAUCACGUCUAUCCUACAGUACUAUUAAUGGAGGACGUCUCGAGAAAAGAUGGUAUAGCACUAACACUGGUAAUCCACGUAUAUUGAUCACUGGAGGUUUGGGACAACUUGGUAGUGGACUAGCUCGUGUAAUGAGAUCACGUUAUGGUAACGAUAAUGUAAUAUUGUCAGACAUCAAGAAACCUACAGAAGCCAUAUUGUCUGAAGGUCCUUAUUUAUAUGCUGAUGUACUAGAUCUAAAGCACUUACAUUCUAUUGUCGUCAAUUAUGGUAUUGAUUGGGUCGUCCAUUUCUCUGCCCUACUUUCAGCCGUAGGAGAGGCUAACCCACCCAAAGCUCUCCAGGUCAAUGUGAUGGUUUUUCAUAAUAUUGUACAACUUUGUAGUUCUCAUAAUUUACGUCUUUUCUGUCCGAGUACUAUUGGAGCUUUUGGACCUGAUUCUCCAAAGAUGUUGUGUCCUGAUUUGACAAUAAUGAGACCUAAAACUGUAUAUGGUGUCUCUAAAGUACAUAUGGAAUUACUUGGAGAGGAUACUCGUCUUCCAAUGAUCUAUCUUGAUGAUUGCCUUGAUGCUGUUGUCAAAUUUAUGGAGACACCAGCUGAGAAACUUAGUCUCAGAACAUAUAACGUUGCAGCAAUUAGCUUCACUCCUGAGGAAUUAGUUGAAGAAAUGAGACGAUUUUAUCCAGACAUGAUAGUGGAAUAUAAUCCUGACCCAAAGAAACAGAGCAUAGGUUAA